AUGAGCAACGCCGCCUCAAUUCGGCAGCCGCUUGAUGACGAGGACAUUGUCGGCGAGAUCCUUUGCCGCCUCCCACCACAGCCCUCCUCGGUCCUCCGCGCCUCGCUCGCCUCCAAGCUCUGGCGCGACCUCGCCGUCUCCUCCGCCUUCCGCUGCCGCCUCCGCGCCCACCACCGCCACGCCCCCGUCCUCGGCGUCUAUGAGAAGCACGCCAGGAUGCUCCGGUUCAUCCCCGCAUUCGACGCUCCAGAUCGUAUUCCCACCGACAGGUUCUCGUUGAAGGUCUGUGCCGACCACAGUUACAAAGUGGACAACUGGGUUGUGCUUGGUGCCACCACGGCCCGCGUCCUCUUCAUCAAUCGGACAAGGCGCGAGCUCCUCGUGUUCCACCCAAUCUCCACUGAUCUCCGCGUCGUGGCCAUCUCGGCGGACUUCCUGAACAAAGCCUACACCACCAACGGAGCCGUGGUCUACGAGGGCGAAUGUAUAGGAGAUUCGACCAAAUUCCAGUUGGUGCUGGUGGGCAUCUGGGGCAAAGGCCAUGAGGGAGAUCUCUUUGCCCACGUCUACUCCUCCGAGACUGGCGUGCGGGGCGACCUCGUGUCGGUGCUAGAAGGCCCAAAACCAUGCCGCGUUGGCCAUCUCCCAUGCACCCUCGCCAGCAAUGGGAUCUACUGGUGGCUAACUGAGCCUCACAAGUGCAUACUCCAAUUUGAUUUGGGUAGCCAGCAGCUAGCAGUGAUCAACAGGCCUCCGGUCACCAGCAUCAACAUCGGCUGCAGCCGGAUCAUCCGGGCAGAGGACGACGACAUCGGCCUCACUGUUCUGUCCUAG